CUCCACCCUCUCUCCUUUCCUCCCUCUUCCCCCUCCCCUGUCUCUGUCCUUCUCUCUCCUUGUCUCCUCCUGUCCCUCUCCAUCCCUCUCUCCUCCAUCCAUCCCUCUCUCCUCUCUGUCUCCCUCUUAUUGUCCAUUCCCCAUCCCCCUGUGUGUGAUGAUGGCUGAUGGUACAGAGUCUCUACAGGCCAGUGUAAACUCCUACUGGCCAGCUUCUCCCAUCCACGCUUCCUCUAUGUCUGACGAGGAGAUGGAGGGACAGGUUCCUGAUGAGAUAGACAGGGCCCCUCUCCUGCCCAAGCAGCACCAUGCAGGACCCCCGGGGGCCACCGGGAGGCCCCUAGCCUCCCGCCACUGUCCAGAAGACUCGUACUGUAUGGUGUACAUGAUCUUCUUCCUGUUGGGUAUCGGCUCCCUGCUGCCCUGGAACUUCUUCAUUACAGCUAAACACUACUGGACCUACAAGCUGAGCAAUAAUACUGACGAUCACGGAGAGGAGCCUCGCUCAGACCUUAGUGAGUACUUUGAGAGCUAUCUGGCCAUAGCCUCCACUGUGCCUUCAGUCCUCUGUCUAGUCCUCAACUACCUACUAGUUAACAGGUUGUCCCCAGCGGUGCGUAUCUUGUCCUCUCUGCUCAUCAUCUUGGCUGUGUUCAUAGUGACCACGGUCAUGGUCAAGGUGGAUUCGUCUGGCUGUAGAGAACAGUUCUUCUUUGGGACUUUAGCCAGUGUUGCUAUGGUCAGUGGGGCAUCCAACCUCUUCUCUGGCUCUGUGUUCGGGAUCAGUGGGCAUUUCCCCAUGAGGAUAUCACAGGCACUCAUAUCAGGCCAGGCUAUGGGUGGUACAAUCAGUGCAAUAGCCUCCAUAGUGGACUUGGCAGCAGCUAAAGAUGUGACUGACAGCGCUCUAGCUUACUUCCUGACGGCUGAUGUCUUCAUCCUUCUCUGUAUCAUCAUGUACCUGCUGCUGCCCAAACUGGCUUACUCACGGCACUACAUGCUGGCAGCAGAGUUUAACAGUGCAGGGUCUCAACCAGAGCCCCGUGAUGAGGUGGACGGCCAGGAGGGGGCACCAACGAGCACGGUCUCCUCCGUGUCCAUCCCUCCUCUAAAACCCAUCCUUCAGAAGACAUGGCUCCUGGGUUUCUGUGUCUUCUACGUGUUCUUCAUCUCCAUAACGGUGUUCCCUGCCGUCUCCUCUGGGAUCCAGGACAGCGUGUUGUCUUCUCUUCUUAGUCUGUUAACCAGAAGAGUGGCAGCCCCUGGACAACAACAUACUUCACCCCCAUCACCAGCUUCUUCCUCUACAACGUGGCUGACUUCUGUGGUCGUCAGGCCACGGCCUGGCUGCAGGUUCCAGGCCCCACCAGUAGAGUCCUCCCUGCCCUGGUCCUCUCCCGGACAGUCCUGGUGCCUCUCCUCAUGUUCUGCAACUACCAGCCCAGAGACCACCUUCACACGGUCCUCUUCAGCCACGACCUCUUUCCUGUCUUCUUCAUCUGUCUCCUGGGCAUCACCAACGGGUACCUGGGCACCUUGCCCAUGAUCUACGGACCCAAGGUGGUGCCACGGGACCUGGCGGAGCCCACAGGCGUGGUGAUGAGCUUCUUCCUGACUUUGGGACUGGCUGUGGGAUCGGCCUUAUCUGUGUUGAUAGUGCACUUCAUCUGAAGAGGAGGAGGAGACAGGAGGACAAAGAUGGCAAAUCCAGGCUGACUUCUCCAACAAGCUUGGUCUCAAUGCAGAAUCCGACAUUUGUCCAUAAACGUCAAAUUGCAAAGGUUAAAUUUAGGCAUUAACUCUGAAUGGUUAAGGUUUGGGAUUAGGGUUAAAACAAAAAGUACUUGGAUUGAACUCAUGACCCUCGGUGCCGAAGCUCACGGCAUACGCCCAUCCAGCAUCCCAGUCCACAACGGCCUACUUGAUGGUUGUUCCACAACGCCCUACACUCACCGUUGUUCCUACUGGCCCGUUUUGAAGUCAUCUCCCGACGUCCUGCUUACCUUGGACGGACGUCGAAUUUCACAGUGGAUCUUGAGCGACCUGGCUGGACUUCUCUGUUCUCAUAGUCCACUGUAUCCUGAGGAGGAGGAGGAGGAGGAGGAGGAAGACCCAGAUUCAAUCAGAUAAAGCGACAGCAGACACCCACGUAAAUGUAUGGAUUGUUUGUAUGAUUUGACCAAAGGCAUUACAGAGUUGGUUCAGUUCUCUCCAUGUAAUAUAACAAGUCAUCUAUAUUUCCUGUUUUUGAUAGUUUAAUAAUAAAUGGUUAAGUCCU